AACUUUCUGGGAGACUUCCUUCCCCCAGUUCGUCCUUCAUCUCCCAGCAGGGCUGCCUGCUGGACCUGGUCAUCCUGCUUCCGUAGGAAGGGAGAGAGCCUCCACCUACCUUGCUCUCCUUCCUUCCCUCCCCAGUCCCUCACCCCUCUCUUCCCCUCAGGCUGGCAGGAUUCCUCGAGCAGAGCAUGCAAUCAGUUUGCAGGCAGCAGCCGCAGCCAGAGGAAAGAUGCAGAAGCACAACCAGAAGGAGCACCUCUACAAGCUGCUGGUGAUCGGGGACCUGGGAGUGGGCAAAACCAGCAUCAUCAAGCGUUAUGUCCACCAGAACUUCUCCCCCCACUACCGGGCCACCAUCGGGGUGGACUUUGCUUUGAAGGUGCUGAACUGGGAUGCUGAGACUGUGGUGCGGCUGCAGCUCUGGGAUAUUGCGGGACAGGAAAGAUUUGGAAACAUGACCAGGGUGUAUUACAGAGAGGCUAUGGGAGCGUUUAUUGUCUUCGAUGUUACAAGACCUGCCACAUUUGAAGCAGUGACAAAAUGGAAAGAGGAUUUGGACUCUAAGUUGGUUCUUCCAAAUGGCAAACCUGUGCCAGCAGUCCUAUUAGCAAACAAAUGUGACCAGGGAAUAGAUGUUCUUAUGAACAACGGCAUCAAGAUGGAUCAGUUCUGCAAAGAGAAUGGGUUCGUGGGCUGGUUUGAAACAUCAGCCAAGGAAAAUAUAAACAUCAAUGAAGCUUCCAGAUGCUUGGUGAAACACAUAAUUGCUAGUGAGAGUGAUCCAGUUCAGUCAGUUGAACCAGAUAUUAUAAAACCACACUUGAAUUCCUCCAAGAUUGUCAGUUGUUCAGCUUGCUUUAAAUCUUAAGAGACUUCCAGACUAUUACAAGAGCUGAACAACUAUGAUUCACAAUUUGUAUUUUAUUCAAUGAAACCUGCCUGCCCACGUUGUCCCUAAGCAGAUUGCAAUUUUCUCAAAAAUACAUUUGAAUUUUUCCAUUUUU